AUGUGCCGCAACCUCAUCCUCCGCUACACCUGCGCCCACAAGCACCCGCUCAUACUCUCCCACUGCCGACACACCAAGAGCAAACUAACGCGAGACGGCCAACUCUCGUCUCUCUGCACAGCAUGGAGGGACACGUCCCAAGCGCUUGUGCUACGCCUAUCGACACCCUGUCCGAGCUGUCUCGCGCUGAUCAAGCUGGAGACCAGAGUCCCGGCAUGGCUGAGGGUUCCUAUAGGACGUGAGUUCGGGAGGAUCCAGGUCUGGGCGAAGCAGGUUCAAGGAGCGAAGCGGGUGGAGGCGUUGAUGAGAGUGAUGAAGUUGGGAGAUGGGGAUGCGGGACCGCGGAAGAGGACUGUGAGGUCGGGGGAUGGUGUUUCGUAUGAUCGUUUUGGGGUGAAUUUGGUGCAUGGGAUGGAUGAUGAGGAGGUGAGGAGGAUGGAGCGAGAGGAGGCGUCUGCGGCUAUCGUGGUGAGGAAGGAGAUCGUGGAACCUUUGUGCGGGAAGAUGGUCCAUGGAGGGAGUCCGUUACGGUUCGAGGUGAAGAUUGAGGAUCUGGACGAUGGCGGAGAGGAAGAGGAGAAGGAGCGAGAGAGGGAGGAAGAGGAGGAGGAGAAAGAAGCCGAAGAGAAGGAAGAAGAUCAAGAGGAAGAAGACCAAGAGAAGGAAGAAGAUCAAGAGAAGAAAGAAGACGAAACUAUGAGCUGGCCGGAUGCCAAAGUGAAGUUGUCAAGUUCCGACAGGGAGCCUGUGACACCCAACAGUCUGAAGGCGAAAGAAGAAGAGACGGAGACGGCGAAGAGGCAAGAUAUCGAGACGAGUGACUCUCUGUACUUUGCUGGUACGGGGGAUGUGCCGUGGAUAUUUUGCCUGGGGUUCUUUUGA